UCGAACUAUCCAAAUAUAUUUGUUUUGAUGCACUCUGUGCAAGUAGUAGCGAAAAUUUGUUUGUUUAUUUUUCUUGUUUACUAUGUCCACGUGUGCUGAAUUUGAUAAUCGACUUAUAGAAUUGGUGCGUGCCAAUCCAAGUUUGUAUGAACGUGAACUGCGUAAGGCACCGUACGAUUCUAGUAAAAAAAAGAAAACAGAAUUGUGGUGCAGCAUCGCAACAUCCCUCAAAACUGAUGUCAGCACCUGUAUAACGCGUUGGAAUUUCAUUCGGGAGAAGUUACGCCGGGAGCUGUUGAAAGAGCACUCCGAUUGGACCUGGUUGCCAAAGCUACAGUUCAUUGGACAACACAAACAACACUCCAGCAGCAGCAGCCAUCACAGUAGUGAACGACAAAUUGCAAAUAUAACUGCACCUCCAACUGUUAAUUGGCGCGCACAAAGCACCGAGCAGGUCAUCGAAAAUGAUGAGGACGAUGCGCUGCAGGAGGCAAUGGACGAACAGCAUGCAUCUGCAAUUGUUUUGCAACCACCACUAGCAACACCACCACCAGCGCCUGCAACUUCGUCUAGUGACGACGCCAUGAAACGCAUUGAAGCUUUGCUGCAGGGCUUGGGCGCCAAUCGUAUUAAGGCUGAGAAAAAGGUUUUGGCCUAUUUGUGCAAAUGCAAUCUGCGUGCCCUAAACGAUGAGCAAAUCGAUGAUAUAUUUAUUUAAAUAAGUCUUAAGUAAGUCGGAUUGUAAGUCUUUUAUUUUACUCUUGGGCUGGACGCAAAAAUCGACGACGUAAAGCAACUCCAACUAUGACGCAGUUGAAACGUUUCGUCUCACUGUUGGUCAAAGAGUGCGCGCGCAAGCAAUAACAUGUCCAAUAACCAUGUCUGGCUGGUUUGGGUGGGUGGGUGUUUGGGUGUGUGAGUAGACGACGCCAAGCAAGCAUUUAGUUUAUUAAUUUCGAUGACACUGUCCUGCAUGGUUACACAUAAAGGCAUACUAAUGCACCAGGCCCACCCCGGUCCCUCACAACACCCCACCAACUGCCGCUCUAUCAGCUAAUAUGAACCACUAAUACUUCAUGCAACAUGCCCGUCGCCCACCUUUCUAGAGUUGAUGUGUGUGUAGUAGCUGUAGCGCAUUAACACCACAUUAUCGAUUGAUUUGGGCAAAGGCACGCACAAAAAUCGAUAAGCAUGCAAAGCCAAUGCAAAGUAAUGUAUAUAUA